AUGCAAAUUUUAUGCGGAGCAUCUCUACCCAAAUGGAUCAACCGACUGGCCAGUGUCGGCGCCAAACUACCAUUUGUGGAACGAUCCAUACCGAAAAUGUGGCUAACACCACGCCCGUUAGAGGAACUUAGCGUGCCACAUUCGGACCGAGCGAAUACAAAUGCAGACAUCGGAUCCUGUUCUUGUCCUAUGCUUGCUGACAAAGCUACAUCCUCGCGGGAGCCGAGCCCUAGCAAAAAUCGUCCGAACCCCUUCUCCCGUGUGCACCACACACUGUCACGCCGCUGGAAUCAAUCCGAUCGUCCCGGUAGUUCUGUAUCUUGUCGUGGGCCACCUAACCGGACAAACUCUAUAGCCGGUACUGGAUCACUGAUGACAUUGGCCGACUCAUUAGAUGCAAGUUUAAAUUUACAGUCAGUCAAUUCAAGGCAUUCGUCCCGUAAAGCAUUCAGACGUUUCUCUGCUCAGUCGCAAUCACGUGAUGGAGAUAGCAGCAUCAAUUCAAGAAACUCUAAAUUGAUCGGUACCGUCCCACGUGACCCGGACGAAAUGGGGUCUACUGUUCACAAUGGAUCGUCCGAGCUGCACAAAAGUGCGCAAAAUGAACCCGAAUCCGCACCCACUNCUCUGGACUGCUGUCCCGACGCAAAACGUCGUUAUAGCUUUCUCAGUCGGUUUCUUUUUCCCAUCCCCUCAACCCUAACCACGCGUCGCCCAUCCUCGCUCUAUGCCCCUUCAGAUCGUAGCAAUGGUUCCGGUCGAACACUUUCCUCAAUCCACUCUCAGGACAUGUUGUAUCGUGUAUCAUCCACAGGCUCAUUGACUCCAGAAAACCCUGCUACAUCCCGACGCAGUUCAACGCGACGACUAACCGAUCUGGCUGCCCUGCACAAUCACGGUACGGCCGUGAUGGAACAACCUGUGGCACAUAAAUCACGUCACUAUUCCUGCCGGCGGUCGUCGAAACCCGUGACGAUGACACGCAAGUCCCACGGGACUACUAGCUGCACACACGCACUGACCACUGGACUGUUGACACGUUUGCAAAAUCUGUGCGGGACAGCACAACUCCAUGAUUCGCUCCAUCCGAGUCCUACUUUCGACUCCGAAACAAACAGUCUAAAAAAUAGUGCAUUCUGA